CCCUCUCAACAUAUAUCGAGUGAGUGAAGUCCGAACGGUGGAGGUGGUCACUGCACACGAACGAAAAUCACGCGAAAAUUUACACACGAAAAAAGGUGAAACUGCAGACCGAAUCGCAACACAAAACGGCCAAUCACGGAGUGAAAAUGUUUAUCGCCGCAACAAUCAAUAACAGCAAGCUGUUCAGGCUUUGAUGGCGCUUACACCAGCCGCCUCAGCAGCAGCAGCAGUAUCAGUAAAGGUGUUGUCAGUGUUGCCAUCGUCGACGUCGUCACUGCAGCUGCCGGCGACCAUGGUGCAACGGGUAGUAGUCGCCACUGCCGAUGCCGCCGCUGCCGCCGCCGACUCCACCCUUCACGGAUGAUACAGCCCGGACGGACGGACGGACGGACGGACGACGACGACGACGACGGAUGAGGCCCGCCCGAAACGGACGAUGACGAGGAUGCUGGUGCUUUGCAGUGUUUUGCAUAUGCCGUUGUUGUUGUGUUGUCCUUGCUGUUGGUGAUCAUGUUACAGCAGUGCCGGUUGGGGCCACUUUCUUCUUGCGCGUAAAAAAAACCUGCCGAGAAUUGCACAUACUCACAACACUCUCCGUCUAUCGAUCUAUCUCUCUCUCUCUGUCUGUCUCUCUGUCUCUCUGUCUCUCGCUAUACAUCUGUGUUCCCACUUCAUACUGCACCGGAUUAUAGUUUGGAAAACUUCACCCACUUGGGAGUGUUGUGUGAGCGUACUGACGAAACGCCGACAAGUGUUUGUGCACGCGUGUGUGUUUGUGUGUGUGUGUGUGUGUGUGUGUGUGUGUGUGGGACAGUGGUCCAACAUUCCGGCAGUCCCGGCAGUGUGCGCCGCAAUUAGCGAUUAGUGAUUUGUGAUCGCCGUUGUUCCUAAUAGAAAGGAAGUCGACAAAAGCUGGCAAUCGUGCGUGCGUGUUUGUGUUGUGGCACAUUCUGAUCUGAAAGAUAUCGGCGAAAACGAAGCAAAUUAAGGUGAUUUGAAAGUGAAAUUUAACUAGAAAAGUAAAACAGUACCAGCGGGAAGGUGGUGGCUCGUCCUGCACCAAGUGCGGCGACUGGCGCAGAGAAAGACAGUGGCGCUUAGCAACCGCGGCCCAAUAGCCUACUCUAGAGUGUGUACUGGUGCCACCACUUUGUUGCACUCGCCAAAACAAAAAAGCGGUCCGGUGCGGUACACGUCUUGGCUGGCAGAAAGGAAAAAAAACCCAGCCACAGCAUAUCCUGUAAAGCAUAAAGUACGAGCAACGUGUGCGUGUGUGUGUGUGUGUAUGUGUCGUCUGCCCGGGUGUACGCACUGUUCCGGUGCCGAAGGCUAAAGCAUGUUCUCUGGCAGUUCGCAUGUAUCGAUCACGGAUGCGGCUGAUUACGAUUUCGAGAAUGCGGAAAAUGCGGCCAAAUGGAGGGGCUUGUUCAUCUCAUCGUUGCGGAAGGUGCUCGAGCAGGUGCAUCCUUCGCUGCAGGCCCGGGAGGAUGCGUUGCUGUACGUCGAGAGCCUGUGCCUGCGAUUGUUAGCGACACUGUGUGCGAAGCCACCGCCGCACACGGUAAUGGACGUGGAGGAUCGUAUCAUCCGUACCUUUCCGACCCCGAUCGAUAGGUGGGCACUGGGGGAGGCACGCGAAACGAUAGACAAGUCGAAAAAGAAGAAACCGGUGCUACCAGUUGAUCGUGUGCAUACGCUACUGCAGAAGGAGGUGCUGCAGUACAAAAUCGACAGUUCCGUAUCGCUGUUUCUGGUGGCCGUGCUCGAGUACAUAUCCGCCGACAUCCUGAAGCUGGCCGGGUACUAUGUGAAGAACAUACGCCACAUCGAAAUUACCCGCGAGGACAUCGAGGUCGCCAUGUGCGCUGACAAGGUACUGAUGGACAUGUUCUAUCAGGGCGAAAGUUCCAACUCCAUGGCUCCGAGUCCGCUUCCACCGACGCCCCGCGCCAGCCUCAGCUACGAGGAGGUCGUAAAGGAACUGAUCCACGAUGAGAAACAGUAUCAACGGGAUCUGCACAUGAUCAUCCGAGUAUUCCGGGAGGAGUUAGUUAAGAUAGUUAAGGAUCCAAAAGAGCUGGAUUUAAUAUUUUCCAACAUAAUAGACAUUUACGAAGUGUCGGUGACGUUGCUGGGAUCGCUCGAAGAUGUGAUAGAAAUGUCCCAGGAGCAAACGCCACCGUGUAUUGGUAGCUGUUUUGAAGAACUGGCAGAAGCGGCUGAAUUCGACGUGUAUGCAAAGUAUGCAAAGGAUAUUACAUCGGUGACGGCGAAGGAAGCGCUAGCCAAUUUGUUAGCCCGACCGGAGGUAGCCAGUUCACUGAUGUCAGCCGGGCAUGGUUUCAAGGAGGCGGUCAAAUUUUACCUACCAAAACUACUAUUAGGGCCCAUCGGGCAUGCGCAGUUAUAUUUGGAUUACAUUAAGGUUUUACUACAGCUUAGUCCCUCGCAGGAGGAUAAAGAGAGCUUUGAGCAGGUGCAAGGGUUGCUGAAACCGCUGCAGUGCGAGCUGCAGAGCAUUUCAUCACUCCUGCCGAAAGAAUACUUUACGCGCGUGAACAGCCGUGCCCGGCGGCAGUCGGCGAUCGAGAAAACGCGCGACCUGCAAAACACGGUCGAGCACUGGGACAAGGACGUGGGCCAGUGCUGCAACGAGUUCAUCCGGGAGGAUACGCUCGCGAAGCUGAGCUCGGGCAAGCGGCAGACCGAGCGGAAGGUGUUCCUGUUCGACGGGCUGCUGGUGCUGUGCAAGGCGCGGCGCCAGAUAGUGCCGGGUAACAACUACGACUACCGGCAGAAGGAGCGGUUCUUCAUGCGCAAGGUCGAGAUCAUCGACCGGCCCGACACGGACGAGCUGAAGCACGCGUUCGAGAUUUCGCCCCGCGAGCAGCAGAGCGUUGUACUUAUCACCAAGAACGCCCAGCACAAGAACGACUGGAUGGCGGACCUGAUCAUGCUGAACACGAAAUCGAUGCUGGAGCGCAUACUGGACAGCAUCCUGCUCGACAUCGAGAAGAAGCACCCGCUCCGGCUGCCGAGCCCGGACAUGUACAAGUUUGCCGUGCCGGACGGGCCGUCGAACAUCGUGCUGGAGGAGCGCGAGGGCACGGGUGUGCCGCUGAUCAAGGGUGCGACACUGUGCAAGCUGAUCGAGCGGCUGACCUACCACAUCUACGCCGAUCCGAUGUUUGUGCGCACGUUUCUGACCACGUACCGGUCGUUCUGCUCGCCGAAGGAGCUGCUCCAGCUGCUGGUCGAGCGGUUCGACAUACCGGAUCCGGCCGUCGUGUACGAUCCGGCGGCGGAAAAGGAGCUGGCGGGCGACACGGACAAGUUCCACAAGAAUUCGCAGCGGGAGGACUGGAAGCGGUACAAGAAGGAGUACGUGCAGCCGGUACAGUUCCGCGUGCUGAAUGUGCUCCGGCACUGGGUCGAUCAUCAUUUCUACGACUUUGAGCGGGACGGCGAGCUGCUCGAGUCGCUCGAACGGUUUCUGGAGACGGUGCGCGGCAAAUCGAUGCGCAAGUGGGUUGAUUCGGUGAUGAAGAUCGUUCAGCGGAAGAACGAAAGUGAAGACAAUCACCGGCAAAUAACGUUCGCGUUCGGGCACAGUCCGCCGGCGAUUGAGCACCAUCUGCCGCUGAACGGCGAGAACGAGUUCAACUUGCUAAUGCUGCAUCCACUCGAGCUGGCGCGACAGUUGACUCUGCUGGAGUUUGAAAUGUACAAGAAUGUCAAACCCUCCGAACUGGUUGGGUCGGUGUGGACGGGGAAGGAUAAAGAAACGACUAGUCCUAAUUUAUUGAAAAUAAUGCAUCACACCACUAAUUUUACACGCUGGAUCGAGAAAUCGAUCAUUGAGGCGGAAAACUUCGAGGAGCGUGUCGCGAUGGCGAGCCGCGCGAUCGAGGUGAUGAUGGUGCUGCAGGAUUUGAACAACUUCAACGGCGUGCUGUCGAUCGUGUCCGCCUUCCAGGGGGCGGCCGUCCAUCGGCUCAAGCUGACGCUGGAGGACAUCCCGAAGCGCCACCAGCAGGUGCUGGCCGAGUGCCGCGAGCUGAACAAUUCGCACUUCAAGAAGUACCAGGAGAAGCUGCGCUCGAUCAAUCCGCCGUGCGUGCCGUUCUUCGGCAUGUACCUCACCAACAUACUGCACAUCGAGGAGGGCAAUCCGGACUUUCUGCCCAACACGGAGCUGAUCAACUUCUCCAAGCGGAGGCGGGUGGCCGAAAUUACGGGCGAAAUACAGCAAUAUCAGAAUCAGCCGUACUGCUUAAAAGUCGAUCCUAGUAUAAGGAAUUUUCUAGAGAAUUUAGACCCUUUUAAAGGAAUGAGCAUCACGGAAAUUCAGAACUAUCUGUACGAGGAGAGCAAACGGAUAGAGCCGAAAAACUGUCGCCAGCCGUUGAAAUUCCCCAAAAAAUGGCCGGACAUUUCGUUGAAGUCGCCCGGCAUUAAGCCGUCGUCGAGGCGCAACAACAGCUCCGCCAACUCGUCGAUGACGCUUCCGGGCACGCUGCCGUACAGCAAGACGUCCCUGCUUGCGAACAGUGACACGGGCGAACAGUCGCCGCCGGCUUCCUCCUCCUCGUCCGUGCACGACUACUCCAUCUUCGCAUCAGUCAACAUUCACUCCUCCUCGUCCGGGACGUCCUCGCUCUCGUCGCUCUACUAUCAGCAGCAGCAGCAACACCUACAGCAACAGCUUCAGCAGCAGCAGCAGCAGCAUCACUCUGGUUUCUACCACGGCCAGCAGCAGCAGCAGCAAGGUGGCGGGGUUGUCGCCGGCAGUAGCAGCGGCUCGUCACAGUACUCACAUCACGGCAGUGCGCACCACCAUCCACACCAGCAGCAGUACCUGCCGCAUCACCAUCCGCAUCACCAUCACCACCACCACCAUCAUCCGCAUCACUACCAUCCGAGCUUCUCGCAGUCGAUCGCGAACCUGACGACGGCCGGCGGGGACAGCCAGAUGGCGCCGGAGAUACCGCGCCGCUCGGACAGUAUUAUACUGACCAACACGAACCAGCUGCUGGCCGGCAGCGGCUGCCUGUCGGAGAGCAGUGGUGGCAGCUACAACGGCGGCAAGCUGCUGCCCAGCCCCCGCUACCCGUCCGCGUCGAUGACGACCCUACCGUCCUCGUCGUCCUGCUCGGCGGCGGGUACUUCUGGUGGCGGUGCAGGUGGGAUGGCCGUCGGCGCCUCCAGCUACUCGAUCGGGGGCAGCCUGUACAGUGGUUCCAGUAGCGAAGCAUCCGGCUACGGUACUGCCAGCUCAGUGACGUCAUCGUCGGCGGCCAGUAUUGUUUCAAUGUCGCACAACGAUGCUACGGUGCCGCAGCAGCAGCAGCAAGGGUCGGCGGUGGUGAUCCCUCAUCCCGACAUUCCACCGGCAAUCAGUCCACGCACUGACAAACCACAACCAUUGCAUCCACCACCACCACCUCCACCGUCCCUGCAGCAUGCAGCUAGUGCAAGUCCGGGAGCUACCGCGGGCAGCGGCAGCAGCAUCGCCGGCUCCUCCAUACUGGCCAACAUGGCAGCGGUAGGAACAUCCAUCGCCAACAGUACUAGCAGUAACUUUAGACAUAGUGCAUCCAAUUCUAUCAAAAAUCAAAACUGUGAUUUUACUUACACCAUCCCGGGCGGUGGUGGUGGUCCCACGGGCACCAGUGCGAGCGGCGCCCCGCCACCGCCGACCAAUUCCAGCGGACGACCGUCGUCCUGUGAGCAUUCGCCCGUCUAUCCUUCCAGCCCGAAAAUCCAGCUCCAGCAUAAUCAUCCCACCGCGGGAGCGGCUCUGCCACCUGUCUGCCCGCACCACCAUCACCAUGCCGCCCAUCAUCAUCACACCGAUGCGGCGGCUGCGGCCGAUGGUGGUGGGCCGGCGGCCAAUUCGAUCCAGUACAACAGCAGCAGCAGCGUGUCACCUUCCGCCAGCAGCCACCAUCCGUGUCACCUGUGUGCGGGCGGUGUGGACGCAGGCGGCAGCUUGUCGAACAAUGCCGACAUUGGUCCGACACCGAUCUCACCGCACGUCAACGUACCAAAUACGCACAAUGUGCUACCACCCCCGGCGCCUCCACUACCUCCUAGGGCUAAGCGAAAAGAAUCUUCCAUGGAUUCUACCCAGUCGUCGCAGAUGCGGCAGGCGCCGGACGCACCGACGCUACCACCGAGAGACGUUAGUCCGCCGCCACUACCGCCUAGGAUUUACACACAGUCGUCACACUACCAGUUCGGAGUGGCCAGCCAGACCGGCACGACGCUGCUACUUAACUACACGCAAAGUCCGGGCGUGUGCGGCGGUGGUGGUGUCGCCGGUACCGGCGGCAGCAGCAGCUUUCCAAUGGACAGCUCCAACUGGAACCAUUCCUCAUUCCAUGCGAAGGAUGAAUCGACGUCUUCGUCCUCGUCCUCGUCGACGCUAACGCGGGACAAUUUGAACCAGCACAAUCAGCACAGUGUCGGCGGCACGACGGCAAGCAGCAGCAGCCAGAACAGCAGCAGCAUGGAGCAGCGGCUGCUAAUGCUGCCCCAUACCAGCACGAUCAUGAUGCGGCGCAACUCGGCGAUGGAUCGGGCGGCGAAGGAAAACAUUCCCAACAUUGCCACCUCGAGCUCGCUGUCCGGGCUGUCGACGAUCGCUGGCGGCAGCGCUGGCGGUGGCGGUGUCGGUGGAGCGAUCCCAUCGAACGUGGGCGUUGGGGUCGGUGGCAGUGGAUCGACAAUGAACUCUAGCGGCGGUCCCAGCGUUUCCGGUUCGCUCGGCAGCAGCGGUGCGUCCGUCGGCAGUAGCCCGUCGGCAGUGAAGAACAAGUCGGUGCAGAACUCACCCAUCUCGGGGCAGGCGCAGCAGCCGAAUGUACUUUGCCGAAGGGCCAGUACAAACAUUUCGCCCCGCUUUUCACCCGGAGAAACGACACCAAAAUUACCCCCCAAACCGAAACAGAACAGUAUAAGUUCAGAUCGUACAAUGUUUCCCUAUCCCAGCACGAACUGACCCAACGGUAGUCCCGGCGGUGGACGCUACUUCAUACGCUAGCCCGCUACAGCACCGGUACAAAUGGACCCCAAACAACUUGGGUUGUUGUGCUGUUUCAAUUGAAUUGAGAAGGAAUAACGCUUACACAAAGUGUUGCUGAGGAAUGCUGACAAAAAGGGGAUCAUCUCGGGGCGCCUUCUGCCCGCUUUGGUUUACACAAGGGACGGGCCAGUGGUGGUGGUGGUGGUGGUGGUGGUGGUGGUGGUGGUGGUGGUGGUGGUGGUGGUGGUGGUGGUGUUGUGGGACUGGUAUUAUUUGUUGAUGCCAAAAACAUCUCAAUCCGUACGAACAUGCAUAAUGAUUCGCAUUUUACGAAUGUGUGUGCCAUAGAGCGGAAUUCUUACGCCCCAGAAGUUUCCGUUUUUGUUUCAAUUUGACCUUUUAAUCUUCCAGCUGUUGCUGUUGCCCGGUCAAGAGUCCCCUUCCUGCAGCUUUUAGUUUGAUGUUGUCUUAAGAAAAAGGAAGGGUUUUAAUCUGUGACAACACUUUGCGCCGACGAUGUGUGCAAUGGUGGGAAAAAAGUAUUAAUUCGUUUGAAAUUGGCACGCCACAAAAAAAUGUGCCGUAUGAGAGCACAACAAAAUAACACAUGAUCGCUACAGGUAUUGGAGGCGUUGUUUAGUGGGUUGAUAGGGAUUUGAACUUAUUACACCUUACUAUCACAUGCAUGUUGGUAGUACUUGCACAUGGUUGGUUUAUAAUUUUUCAGUUCCAAUUUCAAGUGCCACGACGAGAGGAAGCAGCAUGGAAUGAUUUGGAUUGAAGCAAAAUUGCGCUGUCGCAUUUGGCGUGUUACCUCUCUGUCUGUUCGAUGAGGAUCACAUAGUAGGCAUUUUUUAUUGUAAAUCGAAGACGCACUGUAUAGCUGGAAUGCAGCAAAAAAAAAAAAACAAAACAAAACAAAACAUUACAUUCAACUGUGCUGCGUGCAGCUAAUCAUUAGUUCGUUCGUGCGCACGUUUUGAGCUCGCUCGUGCAGCAGUGUAAUGUUGCUGUAGUGUAAUCGUAUAAGAUGAAGAUGAUAUGCAUUAUAUAAGCACAAAGGGAAAAAGAACCAUUUGAAGAAAAAAACAACAACAAAGAAAACACACACACAGCUACAUAAACACAUUUUGGAACAUAUAGAGCAGAUAAUUUGAUUGUUGUGUAAUGUAGAUGUUUUAUAUGGAUGAUUAAAAGAAGAAAACAAACAAACACACUAUUCUAGCGGCAUAUAUAAAAAGAGAGAGAAAGACAGAGGGGUAACUAGAAGCAGGAGUACGGAGUAGUGUAACACAAGUGGUUGUGUGGUGUGUAAAUAUGCUUUUUGUGCGACUGGAACGGAUCGAACCAUUCACCGAGCUAUUAGAGUGUGUGAGAGAGAACAAACACUCAUAAAAAAAACAAUAAAUGUUACUACGUUAAGUAAGUAAUACACCGCAAGCGAACCAAAUGAAUAUAAGAAGCAGUAGACGAAGAAGAACAAACAAACCCCAAAUACCUAAAUGUGUCGAAACGAAACAAAACAUCACAACACUCACUCAAUCACACAUACACAAACAUCAUCCACGUGCAUCUUCUCCGCGUGGUGGCAAGAACAGAAGCACACAGGACAUUUGCUCCUAAACUAUCGCUUGGUUUCCGCUUGGUAAGUGGAACUGGUCGGAACUGGUAUUACUGUAUAGGGAAAUAUCUCCUUUUUGUAAUAGUCGGCCGGAUAAUGCUAAUUCUUCCCUGUUGUAUUCACGGUCUCAUCGAGAUUGAUGGUGGUUGAACUGUCUCUCUGUUAGUGCGCUACCAGACGACUGAAAUAGGCGGAUAGUUGACUUUAAACAACAAUAGAAAAAGGGAGAGAGCAAUGUAAAAGACCGAAAUCGUUUGUUUGAUGUGUGUGUGUUUUUGGUGUGCAAAAGGAUGGAAUGCACAAUUCAUUUUCUGUUGUUAACAAAUAAAGGAUGCACAUAAUAUCCUGUUUUUUUUCUUUAAAAAAAAAAAGAGCUCGUAACUAUUGAUCCUACGAAACAAGUAUUAAAAGUCGAGAGGAACACAUGGUGGUUUGGUUGCAUGCACAACAAGCGUGCGAGCAGACUAAAUGCAAACAAGCAAAAAAUACUAUAAAAAUGUAGACUGGAGCAUACGCGAGAUGAUAACGGCCUCUGAUAUGAUGAGUGGGCAAGAGCAAGACACCCACACCCACACCUACUAACACCUAAACAAACAGGAGAUAUUGUGUAACAAAUCAAUGUGUUAUGUACAUAAGAGUAUGCAUGUUAUACAAGGCAAACAAGUAAACGCAUAAUAACCAACCUAUACAAAACAGAAAACACAGAGGAAAGUGUGGUAGAAGGUAAAAAAAGAAACCAAACUCUGUGGCGCAUUUUUUGUGAAAGCUGUAGAACCUUCGAUGUUGGCAUAAUUAUACAGAAACACUCACUUACACACACAAAACACGUACACGAAGGAUACCAUUUCCACACUGGAAAUGGAACCAAAACCAAAACCCAGUAGAUGAUGAACAGAAACAUGUCUUAGCCGUGGUUAGUGGUCGAUGUUGUCAAGUGUUGUUGUCGAAUGGGGGAGUGGAGCAUUGACCGCAAAGCUAAAGUGGACCUUGAUCGGACCGCAUCGCUGUUCACCGUUGUUAGUGGAUGAUCAUAUCCCUUAAUUGAAACAUGCAAGUGCAGACACAACCGUGCUUUGGUCUGUUUUUUUGUUGGUUGGCAGGUGUUGUUGGGUUGGGUUGGGCACAGGAUUAGAACAGAAACGGAAGGUAAAACAAACAAUAAUUAAACGUUUGGCCCCACGUGUGAGAAAGUUUGCACCCGAAAUAAGCCUCUCUGUGCGCGUGUAGGGGUAUGUAGAGGUGCGAGUUGGCAGUUGUUUAAGCGUUAGUGUACAACACAGACAAUGCUACACACACCACACGGUUUGGGAUGAAAAUGAAAGUAAAGCGGGAUGUAUGUUAAAUAUAUUGGCGGAAGGAGGGAAGAUGUUGCAGGAGUAGCAGCAGCAGGAUAUCACAGGUUAAUAAUGCAAAACGAGAUAUAAGAGUGUGUAGAAAGGAGGAGAGUGGAAGAGGAGCCGUGUGCAAGCCGAGUGUGUUAAGGGGGAUGAUUAGUAAUGAUUUAUCUAGUGUAAAGAGAAAGUAGCAGUAGUAGUAGUAGUAGUAGUAGUAGUAGUAGUAGUAGUAGUAGCAGAAGUAGCAGAAGUACUG